AGCGAGCUGGGUGGCUGUUGUUUGCGUUGAAACGUGAAGGAGGCCCGACCUUAAAGGGGAGGGAGUAGAGGGCCCCCCCCCCCCGGGGCCCUUUAAAAUGAGGCGCGUUGGUGCCUUGCCCCUUUAAGGGCGGGGUGUCCCGGCGACUGAAUCUGAGCUCCAGAUUAACUUGAGUUUGCGUCGCAGGCUGCGAGGAAAGGCUCCUGGGCUGGGUCCGGGUUCUUGGCGGCGGCGGCUUUAUCCCCCGCUCGUCCUCCCCGGGCCCGGAGACACCCUCGCCCCAGUCAUGCUGAGCAGAGUAUGGAAGCAGCUGACUACGAAGUGCUAUCCGUGCGAGAGCAGCUAUUCCACGAGCGGGUCCGUGAGUGCAUUAUCUCAACACUUCUGUUUGCGACACUCUACAUCCUCUGCCACAUCGCCCUAACCCGCUUCAAGAAGCCUGCUGAGUUCACCACAGUGGAUGAUGAAGAUGCCACUGUCAACAAGAUUGCACUCGAGCUCUGCACCUUCACGCUGGCAGUCGCCCUGGGAGCCAUCCUGCUCCUGCCGUUCUCCAUCCUCAGCAAUGAGGUGCUGCUCUCACUGCCUCGGAACUACUACAUCCAGUGGCUCAACGGCUCCCUCAUCCAUGGCCUCUGGAACCUUGUUUUUCUCUUCUCCAACCUGUCCCUCUUCUUUCUCAUGCCCUUUGCAUACUUCUUCACUGAAUCUGAGGGCUUUGCUGGCUCCAGAAAGGGUGUCCUGGGCCGGGUCUACGAGACGGUGGUGAUAUUGAUGCUUCUCACUCUGCUGGUGCUGGGCAUGGUGUGGGUAGCGUCUGCCAUUGUGGACAAUGACAAGACCAGCAGGGAGUCACUCUAUGACCUCUGGGAGUACUACCUCCCCUACCUCUACUCCUGUAUCUCCCUCCUCGGGGUCCUGCUGCUCCUGGUGUGUACUCCACUAGGUCUCGCCCGCAUGUUCUCAGUCACUGGGAAGCUGCUGGUCAAGCCCCGGCUGCUAGAAGACCUUGAGGAGCAGCUGUAUUGCUCAGCCUUUGAGGAGGCAGCUCUGACCCGCAGGAUUUGCAAUCCCACCUCCUGCUGGCUGCCUUUGGACAUGGAGCUGCUGCACAGACAGGUUCUGGCUCUGCAGACACAGAGAGUCCUUCUGGAGAAGCGGCGGAAGGCUUCAGCGUGGCAGCGGAACCUGGGUUAUCCCCUGGCCAUGCUGUGUUUGCUGGUGCUGACUGGCCUGUCUGUGCUCAUUGUGGCCAUCCACAUCCUGGAGCUGCUCAUCGAUGAGGCUGCCAUGCCCCGGGGCAUGCAGGUUGUACUCAUCUUGUAUCCUUUCAGAAACCCAUCAUUGCCUCUGUUUGCUGAACCUAUCUCCUCUGGGACUCUGGCAGAGCUGUGGAGGGAUUACCUGAUGGUAUCCUCUGUUGUGGGAUUCUACAGCUCUCCACUCUUCCGGGGCCUGCGACCCAGAUGGCACGACACAGCCAUGACACAGAUCAUUGGGAACUGUGUCUGUCUCCUGGUCCUAAGCUCAGCACUUCCCGUCUUCUCACGAACCCUGGGGCUCACUCGCUUUGACCUGCUGGGUGACUUUGGACGCUUCAACUGGCUGGGCAAUUUCUACAUCGUGUUCCUCUACAAUGCAGCCUUUGCGGGUCUCACCACUCUCUGUCUGGUGAACACCUUCACCGCAGCUGUACGGGCAGAGCUGAUCCAGGCCUUUGGGCUGGACAGACUGCCGUUACCUGUCUCUGGUUUCCCCCAAGCAUCUAGGAAGACUCAGCAUCAGUGACCUUCAGCUGAGGGUGGGAGGGAGAAAACUGGACACUGCCAUCUGCUGCCCAGGCCUGGAGGAGCGCCCGGGGGGUGGGUGGACCUCUGGACCUGGAAUAUGCGAGGCUGGGUGGUAGAGGGGAGCUGAGCCGUUUGCACUGUUUCAUAAUCUGAGCCAGAGUUUGGGACCAGGCUCCCCUGCUUUUCCAGAUUUAACUGUGCGUCUCAGCAUGGGGUGGCACUGGGUGUCUGGGUCUGGCUCCUGGUCCCAAAUCUGUUUACACAUCAAUCUGCCUCACUGCUGUUUGGGCCAUGCCCAUAACCAUGUUUACAUGAUGUGAUGUGCAAUAGGGUGGGGUAGGGACAGGGGAGGGACUGAGCCAGGGGCGGACUUAGGAGGCAGAUUGUCUCCCUUCCCUCUGGCCCAACAGAGCCUAAAGCACUGUGCUGUCCUGGAGGAGCUUUGGACUACGGGAGAAAUGAGGGCAUAGGGAGGAAGAGGCCACAGCCGUCAGCAAUAAAGUUAAUCCCAGGGUUUUUUAAAGG